AUGAAAUGGAGGAAUAUUGAUUCUAUAAUUUACAAUACUUUGUAAAAAUAAAAUUUUAACGAAUAAUAUUAAAUUGAAAAACUUUUGUGAACGUUUUAAAAACUGUAUAAAACAGGUGUGCAUUGGAUUUAAAUCUAAAUACAGGUCUAAACAUGGCUCCAGAUUCUUCUACUUUAAGCAGCAUUUGUGUAGGUAUUGUCUGCAUAGUAACUGUACGCAAAGUCCUGCCAUGGCUCUACACAAAUAUUAUUGGCCCCAUUUUCCUUGGAUCGAGAAUCGAUUUUCGUCGAUUUGGAGCUUGGGCUGUUGUCACGGGUGCCACGGAUGGAAUUGGAAAGGCUUACGCUAAGGCGCUUGCUAAGAAGGGUCUUAAUGUAGUACUAAUAAGUCGUUCACUAUCGAAAUUGGCAGCUGUAGCCAAAGAAAUAACCGAUGCUCAUAAUGUGCAAAUAAAAAUCAUCGACAUUGAUUUCACUGAUGGUCCCCAAAUAUAUCAGAAAAUUGAAAAGAAUAUUACAGGUCUUGAUAUUGGCGUACUUGUUAAUAAUGUUGGCAUCAGUUAUUUAUAUCCAGAAUUUUUUAUCGAGUAUAUUACUCGUUACCCACAAUUCUUACGUGAUAUUAUAUCAGUCAAUAUACAUUCAGUUACUAAUAUGUGUGGUCUAGUACUUCCCAAUAUGAUUGCAAAAAAGAAAGGUGUCAUCAUUAACGUAUCAUCCUUUUUUGCAGUAAUAGCCUCUCCUUUAUUAAGUGUGUAUAGCGGCACAAAGGCAUUUGUGGAUAAAUUCAGUGAAGACUUACAAACAGAAUAUCAGAGUCAAGGAAUUAUAGUGCAAAGUUUACGACCGUGUAUAGUGGCAACGAAUAUGCAUAAACUUAAGCCUAACUUAUUCGCUCCAUCCGCAGAAGUAUAUGUAGAUUCUGCUUUGAAAACUGUUGGUAUUGCUGGUAAAACGAAUGGUUACUUUCCACAUGCAUUAUUGGCACUUUUUGCUUAUUUGAGCGGUAAUUAUAUCAUUAAAAUUGUGCAUUUCAAAGUACUUUUAAGAAUAAAAUCUCUUCUGUCUAAAUCAGAAAAAGAGAUAUAAUUCCGUAAUUUCGUAAGA